UUCACGCCUCCUUCUCCGUUCUCCCUCUGCCCCUCACGUCGGCGGCAGCAGCUGUCGGGGCGCGUUUGGCUCCCAGCUGCAGGCCAGGCCUCCGGAGGGUUGCUCGGGGCUAGAUUUGCCGUCGCAAGAAUGGUCGCGGCAGAGGGGUGGGAGGGACGCAGCUCGGCCAGCCACUCGCGCCUGGGCAGCAGGGAGGGACCAUCGCUCAUCGCGGGCUGAGGGGGAGAGAAGAACCCAAAGGCCACCGACAUUGGGGCGAAACAUUUCCACCCGGACAACAUCAUGUCCACCAAAGCGGAGCAGUUUGCUUCCAAGAUCCGCUACCUACAAGAAUACCAUAACCGCGUUCUUCACAACAUUUACCCUGUGCCCUCUGGAACUGACAUUGCAAACACUCUGAAAUACUUUUCUCAGACUUUAUUGAGCAUUUUGUCCCGCACAGGGAAGAAGGAGAAUCAAGAUGCCUCCAAUUUGACAGUGCCCAUGACCAUGUGUCUUUUUCCUGUGCCAUUCCCACUCACCCCAUCUCUAAGACCACAGGUCAGUUCCAUCAACCCUACUGUUACUCGCUCCCUCCUUUACAGCGUCCUGCGAGAUGCUCCAUCUGAACGCGGCCAGCAAAGUCGUGAUGCUCAGUUAUCAGACUACCCAUCAUUGGACUAUCAAGGACUUUACGUGACAUUGGUGACUCUGCUGGAUCUAGUUCCUUUGCUACAGCAUGGUCAGCAUGAUCUUGGACAGUCGAUUUUUUACACAACCACAUGUUUGCUUCCUUUUCUCAAUGAUGACAUCCUGAGUACUUUGCCUUAUACAAUGAUUUCAACAUUAGCCACCUUUCCACCAUUUCUGCACAAGGAUAUUAUAGAGUAUCUCAGUACCUCUUUUCUGCCUAUGGCUAUAUUGGGAUCUUCAAGGAGAGAAGGAGUGCCUGCACACGUCAAUCUAUCUGCAUCUUCAAUGCUAAUGAUUGCAAUGCAGUAUACAUCAAAUCCUGUGUAUCAUUGUCAGUUACUGGAAUGCCUCAUGAAAUAUAAGCAAGAAGUAUGGAAAGACUUGCUGUAUGUAAUAGCUUAUGGUCCUUCUCAAGUAAAACCUCCGGCAGUACAAAUGCUAUUCCACUAUUGGCCCAAUUUAAAACCGCCAGGGGCAAUAAGUGAGUACAGAGGAUUGCAGUACACAGCCUGGAAUCCCAUCCACUGCCAGCAUAUUGAAUGCCAUAAUGCAAUUAACAAACCAGCUGUGAAGAUGUGCAUAGAACCUUCCUUGUCUGUGGCUCUGGGUGAUAAGCCACCUCCGCUUUACCUGUGUGAAGAAUGCAGCCAGAGGAUUGCAGGGGACCACAGUGAAUGGUUGGUUGAUGUUCUCCUGCCACAAGCUGAAAUUUCUGCUAUAUGUCAGAAGAAGAACUGUAGCUCACAUGUCAGAAGGGCUGUCGUCACCUGCUUCUCAGCAGGCUGCUGUGGCCGCCAUGGUAACAGGCCAGUGCGCUACUGCAAAAGAUGCCAUUCGAACCAUCACAGCAGUGAAGUUGGGGCAGCUGCAGAGACCCACCUUUAUCAGACAUCUCCUCCCCCAAUCAAUACGCGGGAGUGUGGGGCUGAGGAACUAGUUUGUACUGUGGAAGCUGUGAUCAGCUUGUUGAAGGAAGCAGAGUUCCAUGCUGAGCAGAGGGAGUAUGAACUCAACCGCAGGAGGCAGAUGGGCCUCUCCUCUUCCCAUCAUUCCUUGGACAACACUGACUUUGAUAACAAAGAUGAUGACAAGCAUGACCAGCGCAUCCUGAGCCAGUUUGGAAUCUGGUUCUUAGUGAGCCUUUGUACUCCCAGUGAGAAUACUCCAACAGAGAGCUUAGCUCGCCUGGUUAGUAUGGUUUUCCAGUGGUUUCAUUCCACAGCUUAUAUGAUGGAUGAUGAAGUUGGUAGCCUGGUGGAAAAACUCAAACCUCAGUUUGUCACCAAGUGGCUGAAGACAGUUUGUGAUGUUCGAUUUGAUGUCAUGGUUAUGUGCCUACUUCCUAAGCCAAUGGAGUUUGCCAGGGUUGGUGGAUACUGGGACAAAUCCUGUAGCACUGUGACACAAUUAAAGGAAGGUCUGAGUCGUAUCCUCUGCCUGAUUCCAUACAAUGUAAUAAACCAGCCUGUGUGGGAAUGUAUUAUGCCAGAAUGGCUGGAAGCCAUUAGAACAGAAGUGCCUGAUAGUCAACUGAAAGAGUUCAGAGAAGUACUAAGCAAAAUGUUUGAUAUUGAGCUUUGCCCACUGCCUUUUUCCAUGGAGGAGAUGUUUGGCUUCAUUAGUUGUCGAUUCACGGGCUAUCCUUCCUCUGUGCAGGAGCAAGCUUUGCUCUGGCUGCAUGUGUUAUCUGAGUUAGACAUUGUGGUUCCUCUUCAGCUACUGAUCAGUAUGUUUUCCGAUGGAGUUAAUUCUGUCAAAGAGUUAGCAAAUCAAAGAAAAUCAAGAGUCAGUGAACUGGCAGGGAAUCUUGGAGCUCGAAGGGUGAGUGUUGCCUCUGACCCUGGACACAGGGUUCAGCACAAUAUGCUGAGUCCUUUCCCAAGUCCUUUCCAGAGCCCAUUUCGCAGCCCCAUGCGCAGUCCUUUCCGCAGCCCAUUCAAGAACUUUGGACAUCCUGGAGGGAGGACUAUAGACUUUGACUGUGAUGAAGAUGAAAUGAAUCUGAAUUGCUUCAUACUGAUGUUUGAUCUCAUCCUGAAGCAGAUGGAACUCCAAGAUGAUGGCAUCACCUUGGGUUUGGAGAACAGUCUCUCGAAGGACAUAAUUUCCAUCAUAAACAAUGUGUUUCAGGCCCCUUGGGGUGGCUCUCACACCUGUCAGAAAGAUGAAAAAGUAGUAGAAUGUAACCUGUGCCAGUCUAGCAUUCUCUGUUACCAGCUGGCUUGUGAGCUGCUGGAGCGACUAGCUCCAAAAGAAGAAAUCAGGCUGGUGGAGCCCACAGACAACCUUGAGGAUAGUCUUCUGUAUACUAGACCCGAGUUUAUUAUAGGAACUGAAGGGGAAGAGGAAAAUAAAUCUGCAACAAAACAUGGAGAAAACCCAGGAAAUCAUAGAGAGACAACAGAAAAUGCUGCAUCAAUAAAAAAUGACACCGAAAGAAAAUUCUGUUACCAGCAACUUCCAGUUACCUUGAAGCUCAUAUACACUGUAUUGCAGGAAAUGGCUAGAUUUGAAGAGCCAGACAUUCUUUUUAACAUGCUGAACUGUUUGAAGAUUCUCUGUCUUCAUGGGGAAUGUUUGUACAUUGCAAGAAAGGACCAUCCACAAUUCUUGGCUUACAUUCAAGAUCAGAUGCUGAUUGCAAGUUUAUGGAGAGUAGUGAAGUCUGAUUUCUCUCAGCUUUCUUCAUUGGCUGUUCCACUCCUUCUACAUGCUCUGUCGCUUCCUCAUGGAGCUGAUAUUUUCUGGACAAUCAUAAACAGCAAUUUUAACAGCAAAGAUUGGAAGAUGAGGUUUGAAGCAGUAGAGAAAGUGGCUGUUUUGUGCAGGUUUCUGGACAUUCACUCAGUGACCAAAAAUCACCUGCUGAAAUAUUCUUUGGCUCAUGCAUUCUGCUGUUUUUUGACUGCCAUGGAGGAUGUCAACCCAGCAGUGGCUACAAGAGCUGGGCUAUUACUUGACACCAUAAAGAGGCCAGCUUUGCAGGGUCUGUGCCUCUGCCUUGAUUUCCAGUUUGAUACAGUUGUCAAAGACAGACCCACAAUUCUCAGCAAGCUUUUGCUCCUUCAUUUUCUAAAGCAGGACAUUCCGGCUUUGAGCUGGGAGUUCUUUGUGAAUCGCUUUGAGACACUCUCUCUGGAAGCACAGCUUCAUCUGGACUGCAACAAAGAAUUCCCUUUUCCAACAACUAUCACUGCUGUCCGGACAAAUGUCGCCAACCUCAGUGAUACAGCAAUGUGGAAGAUCAAGAGGGCUCGUUUUGCACGUAAUCGUCAGAAGAGCGUGCGUUCCCUGAGGGACAGCGUGAAGGGACCUGGGGAAUCAAAGAGAGCACUCUCUCUUCCAGAAACCUUAACCACCAAAAUCCCUGUGAGGUUGACCAGGCAUGAGCAGUCUGCUCCUGCACUUGGUGGAACACCAGAGCAAACGCCAGGACAACCAUCCCCAGAGAAUGACAAUACAAUAAAGGACCUGCUUCCAGAGGAUGCUGGGAUUGAUCAUCAGACCGUCCACCAGCUGAUUACUGUGCUAAUGAAGUUUAUGGCAAAGGAUGAGAGUAGUGCUGAGUCAGAUAUCAGCAGUGCUAAAGCCUUCAACACAGUGAAGCGCCAUCUGUAUGUCUUGCUUGGCUAUGAUCAACAGGAAGGAUGCUUCAUGAUUGCGCCUCAGAAAAUGCGCAUUUCAACUUGUUUUAAUGCAUUUAUCGCUGGAAUAGCACAAGUGAUGGACUAUAACAUUAACCUGGGAAAACAUCUCCUUCCAUUAGUGGUUCAGGUGCUGAAGUAUUGCACUUGUCCUCAACUAAGACAUUACUUCCAGCAGCCUCCCCGCUGCUCCCUCUGGUCCAUCAAACCUCACAUUCGGCAGAUGUGGUUAAAGGCGUUACUUGUCAUCCUUUACAAGUAUCCGUACAGAGACUGUGACAUCAGCAAGAUUGUGCUGCAUCUGAUCUACAUAACAGUCAACACACUCAACGCCCAGUACCACAGCUGCAAGCCACAUGCCACAGCCGGUCCUUUGUACAGUGACAACAGUAACAUAAGCCGAUACAGUGAAAAGGAAAAAGCAGAGGAAGACAGUGUCUUUGAUGAAUCUGAUAUUCAUGAAACCCCAACUGGACCCUGCAGUAAAGAGUCGCAAACAUUCUUUGCAAGACUGAAAAGAAUUGGUGGCAGCAAAAUGGUGAAAUAUCAACCAGUUGAGAUGAAUGCCCAGAGAAGUGAAAUAGAACUGGCUGAAUAUAGAGAAACUGGGGCGUUACAAGACAGCAUUCUACACUGUGUGAGAGAAGAAAGCAUUCAGAAAAAAAAACUGCGCUCUCUAAAACAAAAAUCUCUUGAUAUAGGGAAUGCAGACUCCCUGUUGUUUUCAUUAGAUGAACAUCGUAGGAAGUCCUGCAUAGACCGGUGUGACUUAGAUAAACCACCCACCACUGCUGCUUACACCAUGCAUAGACAGAAUGAGUAUGGACGACCUAGACAGAAUUCUUCUACCAGGACUGAAAAUACAGAGACACAAGAGAAUCCUUCUGUCAUGGAAAGCUUCCGGGAAAUAAGGAGACCUGUCAUACCAGAAGUCAGGCUAAACUGCAUGGAAACAUAUGAAGUAAAAGUGGAUUCUCCAGUGAAACCUCCUGUUCUUAAAGAGGAUUUAGAUCUGAUAGAUUUGUCCUCUGACUCAACAUCAGGGCCUGACAAGCAUUCAAUCCUUUCCACUUCAGACAGUGACUCUCUAGUCUUUGAACCACUUCCUCCCCUGAGAAUAGUGGAGAGUGAUGAAGAAGAAGAAACAACAAACCAAUUAAACGAUGGUGUCUCUGGCAAAACUGCUGUGUCAUCUCCCACAUCUCUCAUCAGUGCCUCUGCCCUCAGCCUCAGUGCAACCCGCCUCGUGCAGUUCAGCAUUGAGGAUUGCUCCAAAGACUUUACAUCUAAGGAUGUUAGCAAUAAUGUUUCAUUAGGAAAAAAGGAAAUCCCCUCCACAGCUCCCAAAGAUCAAAAAGACUUUGAAGAGUUAGCUAAGCCAGAGGAGCUUCAAGAUGUGUCCUGUGGGAGCCCACUAACACUUAAGCAAAAGCGAGACCUAUUGCAAAAGUCAUUUGCACUCCCUGAGAUUUCCCUUGAUGAUAACUCUGAGCUUAGCGUGGAAGAAAUUAAACCUUGUGGACCAGUUCCAAGUUCAAAUGUAAAAACUGUCCUUAUUAAGGUUCCUGAAGACUCUGAAAACCAAACAGAACCUGAUAAGCUUGAUGCCAACACAGAAUCUGAUACAGAACAGAAACAGGAGGAAGAAGCUGAGGAGUCAGAAUUUAAGAUUCAGAUUGUUCCCAGGCAGAGAAAACAGAGAAAGAUUGCUGUGAGUGCUAUACAGAGAGAAUACCUUGACAUUUCCUUCAACGUUCUAGACAAGCUGGGGGAACAGAAAGAGACAGAUCCCACUGCUAAAGGACUUUCAACUCUGGAAAUGCCAAGAGAAUCAUCUUCUGCUCCAACACUUGAAGCAGGUGUGCCAGAGACAAGUAGUCACUCUUCCAUAUCAACUCAGUUCAGACAGAUGAAAAGGGGCUCCCUGGGAGCUCUGACAAUGAACCAGCUAAUGAAGAGACAGCUGGAACACCAAUCUAGUGCACCCCAUAAUAUCAGCACUUGGGACACUGAACAGAUACAGCAUGGGAAGCGGCCGUGCAAUGUCUCAGUUUGCCUAAACCCUGACCUGGAGGGACCACCACUAAGAAUAAGAGGUGCCACCAAAUCCAGCUUACUGUCAGCACCCAGUAUAGUCAGUAUGUUUGUACCAGCCCCAGAAGAAUUUACCGAUGACCAACCUACUAUGAUGACUGACAAAUGCCAUGAUUGUGGAGCUAUCCUCGAAGAGUAUGAUGAAGAAACACUAGGUCUGGCCAUAGUUGUUCUCUCCACAUUCAUUCACCUCAGCCCAGAUUUGGCUGCUCCUUUGUUGUUGGACAUCAUGCAGUCUGUAGGAAGGUUGGCGUCAAGUACCUGUUUUUCUAAUCAAGCAGAAAGCAUGAUGAUCCCUGGUAAUGCUGCCGGUGUGGCUAAGCAAUUUCUCCGUUGCAUUUUCCAUCAGCUGGCUCCCAAUGGUAUAUUUCCACAGCUGUUCCAGAGCAAUAUCAAAGAUGGAAGUUUUUUACGGACCCUGGCUACAUCUCUUAUGGACUUCAGUGAGCUGAGCUCCGUAGCUGCACUGAGCCAACUAUUAGAGGGUUUAAACAACAAAAAGAACUUGCCAGCAGGGGGCGCAAUGCUACGUUGUUUGGAAAACAUUGCUACAUUUAUGGAAGCUUUGCCAAUGGAUUCUCCUAGUAACCUCUGGACCACUAUUAGUAACCAGUUUCAGACUUUCUUUACCAAACUGCCUUGUGUUUUGCCACUUAAGUGUUCUUUAGAUUCCAGUUUAAGAAUAAUGAUUUGCCUGUUGAAGAUACCUACCACUAGUGCCACCCGGAGUCUUCUUGAGCCAUUUUCAAAAUUAUUAAGCUUUGUCAUUCAGAAUGCUGUCUUCACUCUGGCCUACCUGGUAGAACUUUGUGGCUUAUGCUACCGAGCCUUCACUAAGGAAAGGGAUAAGUUCUACUUGUCCCGCAGCGUCAUCUUAGAAUUACUGCAGGCACUGAAGUUAAAGUCACCCUUACCAGAUACGAACCUGCUGCUGUUGGUACAGUUUGUUUGUGCAGAUGCUGGAACAAAACUAGCUGAGUCAACAAUCUUGCAUAAACAGAUGAUUGCAUCUAUGCCUGGAUGUGGAACAGCAGCAAUGGAGUGCAUGAGGCAGUACGUUAAUGACGUGCUGGAUUUUAUUGCCGAUAUGCAUACCUUAACCAAAUUAAAGAGUCACAUGAAGACGUGUUCCCAGCCACUGCAUGAAGACACAUUUGGUGGACAUCUCAAAGUUGGUUUAGCUCAGAUUGCAGCUAUGGAAAUUACACGAGGCAAUCACAGAGAUAAUAAAGCUGUGAUUCGUUACUUGCCGUGGCUGUAUCAUCCUCCUUCUGCAAUGCAACAGGGGCCCAAAGAAUUCAUCGAAUGUGUAUCUCAUAUUCGUUUACUUUCCUGGCUACUUCUGGGGUCUCUGACACACAAUGUCGUCUGUCCGAAUUUUCCCUCGUCUUGCAUGCCAAUUCCUCUGGAUGCUGGCUCCCACAUUGCAGACCACCUUAUUGUUAUCCUGAUUGGGUUUCCAGAGCAAUCAAAGACAUCAGUGCUGCACAUGUGUUCCCUCUUCCAUGCAUUUAUAUUUGCUCAGCUCUGGACAGUGUAUUGUGAACAAACAGCAGUAGCUCCUACGGUCCAAAAUCAAAAUGAGUUUAGCUUUACAGCCAUCCUUACAGCUCUGGAGUUCUGGAGCCGAGUGACACCUAGUAUCAUACAGCUGAUGGCACAUAACAAAGUGAUGGUGGAAAUGGUGUGUCUACAUGUGAUUAGUUUAAUGGAGGCUUUACAAGAAUGCAAUUCCACUAUCUUUGUCAAGCUAAUACCUAUGUGGUUGCCAAUGAUUCAGUCAAAUCUAAAGCAUUUAUCUGCUGGACUCCAACUGCGCCUUCAAGCCAUUCAGAAUAACGUGAACCACCACAGCCUGAGGAUGUUACAGGGGUCAGGACAAAUGAACAAUAGCUCAUCUGCACUCCGCAAAUGGCUCCAGUGUACCCAGUUUAAAAUGGCUCAAGUGGAAAUUCAGUCAUCUGAAGCUGCAUCUCAGUUUUAUCCUCUAUGAAUUAUGUAAAUUGUUCCAAAUCCUCACUUUUGGUCUAGCAAUAAAAGGGUUAAAGCUAUAAGAUAAAAGCCCAUUUUUGUAUAUAUAAGUACUUUAUCUAUGCUUUUUAGCCUAGGACAAUUGUGCAAAAGCUUGCGCAGGGCAAAGCUAAGAGCCUGAUCCUGCCAGUCUGUAAUCACACAUAUAAAUUAUUGCUCAUACGAGCAGGCCCAGUGAAGUCAUUGAGAUUGCUCUCAAGAAUGUUUGCAGGGUUGGGCUCUAUCUUUCAUGCUAAACAUAUCUCUAAUCAUUGAAAUAUUUGAUUCUCAAAUGGUUUUUUAUAUUAUUUUUGAAACAAAAACAAAAAUAAUUUUUCUUUAAUUAACUUCUAUUUUUUUUAAACUAGACUAGUGCGUAUUCAUCAACGCGUGAAAGUGCUAUGUUGCUAUUUUGGAUGAUAACCAAAAAAAAAAAAAAAAAAAAGGGUGGGGUGGGGUGGUAGUGGUAGUGGUGGUGCUUCGGGAUCCUUUCUACAGCUUUUUCUUUAAACUCAAUUGGCAAUGCAAUAAAAUUUGUCACUGUAAAACAGUGAUGUUACAAUGAGGCUUUUUGUCAUUAUGUUCUGGAAAAACAGCCGCUUGGGAGGAGCAUUAUUACAAAGCACGCUUAGAAAGGAGGUUGUUAAUCUGUGCCAGUUUGUCUUUUUGUUUAAUGUUUACCACACCUAUCAAGUAUGGUUUAUUAUUUUUUGAAAAAGUUACUUUUCACUUCAUUGAUUUUGUGCUGUACUUUCCUGUAAGCUUCAUGGAAACCUCUUUAGUUUUGUGAAUACUGUAUUCUAGUCUUUUGUGAAUAUUUGUAUACAGUGCAAUUAAAAAUGUACAGCUCAAUUCUGCUCUUUUUCAUGUUUAGGGAAGUUUUACCAUAGAGUUCAGCAGGAGCAGGUUUGGUCCUGAACUUUUGCAUUAUGAUGAUAACAAAUUAUAGCUAUUGCAUAAUAUUGCAUAGAAAGUUUGUUUAAUAACAAAUUAAUUUUAACAGCAUUAAAGGACUGAUCCAAAGCCCAUUUAAGUGAAUGGAAAGACUUUCAUUGUCUUCAGUGGCUUUGGGUGAAUUCCUAAAAAGACCAGAAUUUAUCACCUCGUGUAAUUAAUAUUCAAUUCUGUCGAUUCGUAAAUGAUAUCUCUCAUAUUUAUUACUGUAAUGCACUGACUAGAAUAAUAAUAAAUAUACAUGUAAGCUGUAUAUUAAAAUCCUAUUAAAAACAUACCCUUUACUACCA